AUGAAACCGUUACAUAAUCUUCUUGAUGAUAAAAAUAUAUGUUCUUCCAAUCCCGGGUCAGAAGCGGCACGUCACAUGUACAAUAAACAUAAAAACUUGAUCGAAAUCUUUACUAAGCUUCGCGGAAGUGGGGGUGAGAUGGGGUAUUGGUACACCAUCGAUUUCAAUACAUGCUUUGCCUCACAUUCAAUUAUGCAAGUCGAUUUCAACACACCUUUAUCCAGCUCGAACGCGGAAUCAUUGUCCGAAAUUGCGCCCCCUUUCAAUUUCGAUUACCCAGGUUCCUCCUCACCGAAUGUUGGAGCUAGUGACAAUGCCCUCAUUUCGCACACGUUACCUUUCAGUCCCCACAUAAUGAAUCAGCUCCCUUACCCCUAUGCUCAAAACUUGGGUACCAGAUCUCUAUCAAUUGGUGUCGAGUACCAACGACGUGGUCCAAUUCAUGUCCAUUAUGUGGUGGAUAUUCCAGGCUGUGCUACCAACCCGUUGAACGCAAAACUAAAGAGCAGACUAUGA